CGAAUUAGUGAAAAAGAAAUUUCCCCAGAAAUCAGUAUUAUUUACACACGUGAUUUGUUUGUUUGGCAAUUUGAAAAAAAAACAAAAAAAAUUUUUUAAUAGCAAAAAUAUCAUGUUGGUCGAUGAUGUUUUGAAAUGUAGUUUUUCAUCGUGGUAUUCCAUUUUGGGUCAUCUAUCCAUCGAAAGUGAAAUUAUUGAAAUUGAUGAUAAAUUUCGUGAAUAUCUAUUAUCGGAUGGAAUAAUUCUUCCAGAAAGUUGCAAUUCUGAGUCUUGCCCGGUGAUGACAAAUGGCAAUGGACAUGAUCAAAAUGAUGAUGAUGAUGAUAAUCGAAUUGACUGGAGCCAAGAUGAAAACGUCCAUAAUGGCAAUGAUGAUUCGAAUGAUAUCGAUGUGAUUGAAUUUCCACGAAUCGAAAAACAAAUCCGUCGAUCAUUACGACGAUUUGGUAAUAUAUUUCCAAAAUUAAAUUGGAGUUCAUGUGAAGAUGCUCAUUGGAUUCAAGCUUGCGGUUCAAAAUGUUCCAGUCUAACUGAUAUUUUUCUUUUACUGAAAAGUUCGGAUAAAAUUGUUCAUGAUUUAAUUGAUCCAUUUGAACAUUGUACAGAUUUUGAUCAAGAAAAUGCACCAAAAUUUCAAUAUCAAUUAAUAUUACGUCGUUGGUUGAAUAUAAAUCCAUCAAUGGAAUUUCGUUGUUUUAUUCGUAAUCAAAAAUUAAUAGCAAUAAGUCAACGUGAUGUUCGUACAUUUUAUGAUUAUAUUCGAAUGGAUAAAUCGGAAAUUAUCGAGGAUAUUAGCAAUUUUUUCGAAGAACAUAUUGAAGGAAAAUUUCCAUUAGAUAAUUUUGUCAUUGAUAUUUUACGGCCAAAAAUUCAUACAAUCACGUUGAUUGAUGUAAAUGUUUUUGGUAAAUUAACUGAUUCAUUACUUUUCGACUGGAAUGAACUUUUGUCGGAUGUUCAGCAUCAUGAUUCUGUCCUGCCGGAAUUUCGUUAUAUCGAAAAUCGUUUCGGUGUACAACGUGGACGUUUUGAAUUGAAUUCAUUACCCUUGGAUGUAUUCAAUGGAAAUUUAACGACAACUAAUUUAUUCGAUGAAACUAUGAAUUUAUCAACAACAAAUGUCAACAACAACCAUAAUGAUGACAAUAACAAUGAUCUUAAACGUGCAACGCAAAAAUGUAUUCUAAAAUGUUAUGAACAAACUAAUCAACAACGAUCGAUUGGAUGCGAUUUUGGUUCAUUAUCAUCAUAUCGACCAAAGCGAUCAGAACGAUCGGAACGAAUUAUAUUUGAACAUCCAAUAAGUUUUCAGUUACCAAAACGAGUUGAACAUCUUCGUUGUUUAAAAACAUUUAGUUGUCAUCCGGAAAAAACAUCAACACCUGAAUCGAUAACUAUUUCAACAACAACAACAAAACCAUUUUACCCUGAUGUUUUGAUCAAAGAUACCGAAGAAGUUAAUGAUAAAAUUGAUUCAAUUUAUGAUGAUAUUCGAAAUGAAUCUAUGGAAAUAACACCCGGUAAAAUGGAAGAAUUGUUAUCGAAUCUAAAUGAAAUUAUUAAAAAUAUUACCGAUAAUAAUGUUGAUAUGAUUAAUAUAACAUAUUCAUCAUUAUUGGUAAUGGAUAAUUUGGUUGGCCGAUCACAAACAUGGCAAAAUAUGACCAAUGAUGAACAAUUGAAAAAUUCUGAUCAUAUAUUUAAUCUGGCUGAUAAUUUGGCCGGUUUGAUGAAUCGAAAACUGAAUCAAUCCAUCGAUGCCGACGUUGGUCAUCCAAUCGUAAAAAUUGAAUGUAAAAAUAUUCAACUUCAUUCCAAAUAUUCAAAAUUAUUGCCCAAUCAAUCGCUGGUUUAUGAAAUGAAUACAACGCGGCUUUUAUUACCAUCAAUGGGUUUGAUGGACAACAAUGAAUCAUCAGAUACCAGCAUGGAUGAAAUGAAAUUAUCAUCAACAGCAUCCAUUAUCAGUAAUAAAAAUCUGAUUUCACGAAUUUGUGAUGACGAUAAAGAUGAUAAAGAUGGAUAUCAACUAUUAAAUACACCAAUAAUAUCAAUGGUUAUUGGCCAUAAUAAUGACCAAUCGAUCCGUUUGAAUGAACCUUAUUAUUUUAGUUUAGAAACAACAAAUUUUGAUCGUCUCGUAUUUGGUGAUCGACCAUCAUGUUAUUAUUGGAAUGUUACUCGUAAAUGUUGGUCAUCUGAUGGUUGUUAUUAUCGAAAAAUUGAAUCAAAUCGUUCUGCAUCAAUUUGUGAAUGUAAUCAUCUGACAAGUAUUGUUAUUAUUGUUGAUAUUUAUAACCGAGAUGGUGAUGAUCCAAUAAAAACUUGGCUAACACGUGUAACAUCAUCGGCAACAAUUUUAUGUGUAUCAAUAUCAUCUCGAAAUUAUCUUCUUAUUGGUUAUAGUUCCCCAAUAAUAAUUAUUCUCAGUGGUCUGUUAUAUUUCUAUGCAACUGAAACACAAAUCUGGCAAGAUGUACUGGAAUCAUUAUGUGGACGUUAUUUGUAA